UUUGAUCGUCCUUUUCAGAACUACUUUCAGUAGUGCGGUGGUUCAAUAACUUUUUUUUUGAUCACGGAAAAUGGACGAGAUCGAAUGCGUCCGUCCGGAAGUUUUCCGUGCGUUUCAGUGUAUGGAUUUCGAUAAAUUGAGUGAAUUUUCUGAGGAUGAUCUCAGACCGAUUUUGCCUGCACUCGUGCGGAUGACCGUCAUUGGAGCCUUCGAUGGCGAAGUUUUCUGGCUAUCAAAGAAUCGACUUUUUGGUUGCCUAUUAUCUGUUGAUGCGGCGAAUGGAGUUACUUCGCUCUUGUCGGCCGACUUCUUGUCGUUGGACGAAGAUUUUUCGAAAGAGAUGCAACUGUGUGAGAAGUUGGGAGCGUCAGCCGCCGAGAAAAAUAGAGAUGAAAGUCCUUUAUUGAAAGAUUCCACGUCUUUCGGAGACUUGUGUCUUGAUUUUGAACGGGGUGAUGCAACCAGGAAGCUGCGUUUGCUGCUGCGAGAGAUUGCCCUUGCGUUUUGUGAGUUGAACGACGUUCAUGUUAGCUUGUCGCCGGGAAAAGCGUGCGAUUUGUUCGAGGAAGAAAUUUAUGCCGACGAGGUUUCUGACGUACUAAUUGCUGCCAUGAUGGAAAUGCCGGAUUCUUUGUCGCCUUCUGCCGUAGUUCCUGCGCUUUUCCGAAGAAUGGCCGAUCCGUCUGGUCUAAUUUGUCGGAUUGUCGCGAACUUGCCGCAUUCAUUUGUGGAUGUGUGUGUCUCGAUCAUAACAAUGAACGAGAAGUUUGACGACGAAAACCACGUAAUCGGAAAAGCUCGUUGCACCGCACUGCUUCGCUUGUGUCAGAUGAAUCCCACAGAAUGUCUCGAAGUCCCUGGGAUUUGUAUCGAUCUCGUUAGACUACCUGCAGCGGCUGUUCUGAUCAUGCUGGAAGCCAGUAUCCAGAAGUUUGCUGUCCUGCCAGGUGAUUGUGCUGUUGAUGUCGUAGCAUUUUUGAGUGGGGCUUUGCUGUCGAACAAUCCCGCAGUAAAAUCCCUUUUCUCUCAAUGGAUCAAAGCUGGUCAAAGGACAAUCAAGCGAGACUGUGAUCCGGCCACUGUGACAGGAAGUCCCUCGUUCAACGCGCUGAAGUCUCACCUUGUUGGAAGGGUUCAAGGUUUAUUGACCAAAUCCAUGAACAAUACACUUGCGAAUGAAUCCGUGGACGAAGGAAUGGCCAUUCUGCGACUGUAUUGUUUGAUGAAAGGACAUGCUGCCUACAAGUUAACAGAAGAUGAGGCGUUGUUAGUUUUGAAACUCGUAACCUCUCGUCCUCCGGCAACACAGAAAGGAGGCCGUUUUGUUUCCCUCGGUCUCUGUGUGAUGUUGGCUUGUCCAGCCCUGGUUGGAACUGCAGAGAGGGAAAGAGUUGUAGUUCAGUGGAUUCGGUGGCUAGUGAAGGAUUUCCAUGUGGAAAAAUCGUCUUAUGCCGAGCUGUUGCUGCUCAUGGCAAUUUUGUUCCAUGGGAAUCAUUUGAACGCCAUUUCCGAUCUCGUUGCUUCCACUUUAUGCCUGAAACUUCCCGUGAAACCCGGAAGCAUGCAUCGAUUAAAGACUGUCUUCACGCAAGAGGUUUUCACUGAACAGGUAGUGGCAUCUCAUGCUGUUCGAGUUGCUGUGACGGAAAAUCUGAAUGCUCGCUGUUCUGGUUUUCUCCCCGUGCACUGCAUUUAUCAUCUGGUCAAAUCUCGGGUUUUCUCGAAACACAAAGUUCCGAUUCGUGAUUGGGUUUACAGGCAACUUCUGUGUGCUGUGGAGCCUUUGCAUCCAAUAUUGCCCCAAUUAGUGGAAGUCUACGUGAACUCGAUACUGAUCCCACCCGCUGCUCGACUCGGCGGCGAAGACGAAAUAAAUGAUCCAUUCACCAUCCCUCAAGUCCUCGCUGUUUUCCAUCCAAACUCUGAAGCGUCAUCAGUUUCCCAGCUGCUUAUGCUGUACUACUUACUUUUGUAUGAAAAUUUACGUUUGAACAACAUGAAGCCUAUCAUGGCGUCAAAGCGCACUGUUCUCACGUACUCACGCGAUCUCAUGGCUCAAGUACCUGUCAAGUACUUGUUACUGAAGGCGCAGAGCGAACAAGAGCAGUACGCCACUUUGUUUCCGGCGCUGAUGCGAUUGCUCAUGUUGCAUUACCCUCACUUGUGUUUGGUGGAGGAUUGGUUACAUCAACUCGAGCCGUGGGAAUCGAAUCGGUUCAAGAAAUAUGGAGGGUGUGCGGUUCGGGAUCCAACGCGGGUCAAGGAGAUGGUGGCCGAUGCUUUUGCCAAUUUGCCAAAGUGUCCGGCCAAGGCUAUAUUUUUACUCAAGCGGCUGCGGCAGUUGUCGGCGGCACAGUUGAGACCGUUGGCUGACGUGAUUGUGUCGAAUGCCAAGUUGUUGUUGGAUUCCGAAUCGCAUCGUGUACCUAGGCUGGCUCAAGAUCUGUUCCGUGAGGUUUGGAGAAAAAUCAGCAUUGUUUACCCGAGGGCAGUUUGGGUGAUUGCUGUGAAUAGUUUGGCAAGUGAUGUCCCAAAUAUGGCCUCAAAAGAAUUGCCGAUACAUCCCAACUUCAAGCAAGAUGAUCUCACGCUUGAUCCUCUUAUCGUUCUUCGCUGCGAUCCUAGGAUUUUUGGGUGUCCCCCGUUGUUUGAGAUUGUUCUCCGAGUUUUGCGAGGAUACCUGGCCGCGUCGAGAGCUAUGUUGCAGGAGCAUAUUCUUGACAAGCCGCUUUUGCCGCAACAACUGAACCAGAAGCCCCAAGGGCUUUCUGUAGCUAUUUCAUCCGACGCGGAAAGAGAAGAACUGAAGAACGCUUUAAUAACUGCCCAAGACAGCGCUGCAGUUCAGCUUUUGCUAGAAAUCACGGCGAAUCGACAGCUGGAUUCUGGGGGAAUUGGAGAAUUGCGGAAUUCCACGGAGGUCCAAAGUUUGGUGUGCUCCCAUCUACACCACGUUUUCAUCGCCGAGCCGCAUCUCGUGAAGCUGGUGCAUUUUCAGUCGUAUCCCAGGGAACUGUUGCCAAUGACAGCUACUGGGAUCCCGUCAAUGCACAUUUGUCUCGACUUUUUGCCCGAAUUGGUGACCACUCUGGACGUUGACCGCCUCGUUUUUGCGAUAACGCUGUUGUCGCAUUUGUCCACGCAAUACGCUUUGCCAAAAGCUUUGUCCGUCACCCGGCUUGCGAUUUCCGUGAUUUUCACCAUUUUAUCGUCUUUGCCUGGGAGCGUCGUUUUGGAAGAGUUCCUUCCGAUUUUUCCUGCGCUGGUGCGGUUGGGAGUUACGUUCCCGCCUGUUUUGACGGACGUGGUGAGCUUCUUCAUUCAAUACGCCCAACAGGCAGCGUCAAUAGCCGACGUGCGAUCCACUCGGGAUAACAUGAUUUUGCUGCCAGGACCACAGCCGUCUGAUCAACUCGCGCGCCAGCCGGGGAAACCGCGCUCAGGUGACUUUCGGUCGAGUUGUAUCAAGUGUGGUAAACUUUUCGGAUUCAAGAUGAUGUCUGGACAGACUUUAACCGACCGCCUUACUGCGGCGAAGCACAGCCUUGCUGGGCAAGGCCUCGCGAAGUCGGUGUGCAAGGCAACCACAGAAGAGAUAAUCGGUCCUAAGAAGAAGCAUCUUGAUUAUCUACUGGCGUGUACGAAUGAGCCGAACGUAUCCAUACCACAAAUGGCGAAUCUUCUGAUCGAGCGGACUACGAACGCCAGUUGGGUUGUCGUGUUCAAGGCACUCAUUACUGUUCAUCACUUGAUGUGCUACGGAAAUGAGCGUUUCACGCAAUAUCUUGCUUCGAGCAACUGCACUUUCCAGCUGUCAAAUUUCCUGGACAAGACAGGAACUGCUGGCUACGACAUGUCUACGUACAUUCGCCGGUACGCCAAGUAUUUGAAUGAAAAGGCGUUGUCCUACAGAACAGUUGCGUUCGACUUCUGUAAAGUGAAGCGCGGGAAAGAAGAUGGCACAUUGAGGACGAUGCCCACAGAGAAACUGUUGAAAACCUUACCUGUGCUGCAGAACCAACUCGAUUCGUUGCUCGAAUUCGACUGCUCUGCUUCUGAAUUGACUAACGGAGUCAUUAAUACGGCAUUCAUGUUACUUUUCCGCGAUUUAAUUCGCAUUUUCGCGUGUUACAAUGACGGUAUCAUUAACUUGCUCGAGGAAUACUUCGAGAUGAACAAGAAGCAAUGUCGUGAUGCUCUGGAUCUCUACAAGAAGUUCUUGAUUCGUAUGGAUCGCGUGUCGGAGUUUUUGAAGACAGCUGAGAAAGUCGGCCUAGAUAGGAGUGAAAUUCCUGACCUGGUCAAGAACGUCGGCGUGGAUAAAGCUGAUAUUCCUGAUUUGUCCAAGGCCCCGAGUAGCUUGUUGGACGCGCUCGAAUCUCAUUUGGCAAGUUUGGAAGGCAGGAAAUAUGUUCCUCAAGCAAAUGGCCAUUCUUUCGAAACAGAUCUAGUUGACAUUGUCAAGUCGGGCUUGGAUUUGUUUAUCAGUGCUAGUGCCGUGAAUGGCGGCUCGACGGACGAUGAAACCCUGCGACUGAAAGCGUUGGCGGAAGAAGAGGCGGCCCUGGCGGCAAUCAAGGAGCGUCACGAAGCGAAGCACACGAAUCCCUUCCUGGCUUCUCCCACGGCUGAGUCGAGCCCGAUGACGUUGGCUGCCCAUGCCACGGCGGCCCCUUCAUCCGGGAACGACAUUCUGGAUCUUCUCGAUGCUCCUGCCCCACCGGCCCCUGCUCCAGUUUCGAAACCGUCUGAUGAUCUUCUGCAAUUGGGUGGGAACCCUUUUGCUGAUAUUUUGGCAUCAGGUGCGAAUUCGUCGAUGCCGCCUAAUAACGCUGCGCUCGGAAUUUUCGGCGGGGCGCCUGCGACCGGUGCCAAUUCCAUGGUCAAUCCGGACUCCAUCUGGUCCACCCCCAGCGGUCUGGGUCCAGGUAUGAACUCGCAGUUUGCGUCAGAAGCCGGAUUUGCAGCAGCGUUCGGAGGCAGUAGUGCGUCGAUCCCGAUGACGUUGGCUGCCCAUGCCACGGCGGCCCCUUCAUCCGGGAACGACAUUCUGGAUCUUCUCGAUGCUCCUGCCCCACCGGCCCCUGCUCCAGUUUCGAAACCGUCUGAUGAUCUUCUGCAAUUGGGUGGGAACCCUUUUGCUGAUAUUUUGGCAUCAGGUGCGAAUUCGUCGAUGCCGCCUAAUAACGCUGCGCUCGGAAUUUUCGGCGGGGCGCCUGCGACCGGUGCCAAUUCCAUGGUCAAUCCGGACUCCAUCUGGUCCACCCCCAGCGGUCUGGGUCCAGGUAUGAACUCGCAGUUUGCGUCAGAAGCCGGAUUUGCAGCAGCGUUCGGAGGCAGUAGUGCGUCGAGCUUUGAUGCGUUUGGACAAAUGCUUCAACCUGUAGCUGUUGGACAAAGUGCUGCGGCUGCCGCAAAUCCCGCCGGAAUGAAUUCGGGAGCGCCGUCGAAACCCGCGCAGCAAAAAUCCCUCUUUUCGGGUGACCUCGACUCGACCUUGGCUUCUUUGGCUGACAGCCUGUCCAUCAUGCCUUCAAGUGGCGCUGGAAAAGGGUGGAACUCGCCAGCGAAGCAAACUCAAAAGCCCAUGGCAGCAGCGGCGGGAUGGAGUCAACCUGCUGCGGGUGCAGGUGUCCAAGGCUUCAGACCAAUGAAUCCAGUCGGGGGUCCAAUGGGUCCUACAGGAAACUUCAUGGCAGGGCCUGCGACCGGGAACCUCCUCGGUAGCUCGGACCCGUUCGGUGCUCUGUAAUCAAUCACCUCAUUUCUAACCUCGACCCUUCAAUGCGGGGAAUUAUCUCUAUGGGGAAGAUGAAGAAGAAGAAAGCCUGGAUGCGACGAGUGGAACUUAGGCCCUCGCCUCGGUCAUGAAUGUCUUGUCUCUUUGCGGUGGUUUUUUUUUUUCUUCUUUUUUUAGCGGCUCUGGGAAAACCGUCUUUGUUCUCUCAGAUGGUUUGUGAGAGUCCGAAGAACAGGAAAUCCGAAAAAACUAAAUUUUUCGAGAAUUUCAAUUUCAAUCGGAAGAGAUGGAGAAAUGGGUCUUGGCUUUUCUCAUUUGAUCAAAACCUGUCGGCAUUUUUUAGUAGUUCAAAUGAAUAAUUUAAGUGCAGUUUGCAGAUGAAAAGCCGUUUUUUGAUUCGAUUGGCUUGGUUUUCAAAGAUUGACUUUUUUUCGCAUUUCCUGGACUUCGCCUCGGGGUAUUUAUUCUCUCUCUUUCUCAGUUUUGCGUCGACGUUGCUAGGUUUCGUGGAUUAGGUAGGAUUCCUCUUUCCCCUUUGGCUGGCAAUGUGAUUUUUUGGUUUUCGGUUUAUUUUUUAAUCCUUCGGAGGAAACGAAAAAUUUCAGGAUUGAUUUGAAGUGUGCCCUGUGUUUCCGCGCGUCCGCGUGCUUAACCUUGAUCUGAAAGCAGUGCCUGUUUUUUUUCAACAUCAACUGCACCGAGUGAUCGCAGGUUUCGUGUUUUGAUUUUCCCGUGAUUGUUUGUUGGGUUUGACACUGGAUCAAGUGCUGAGACGAUUGUGAUAUAUAUUUAUUGCUGCCGCCUGGGGAAAGAGAGAUAACGAGUUUGUUCGCCAGAUGCUUCUCGAUGUUGCACGAGGGUUCGCCUCGCUCUCUAGUUGCUUUGUUGGCUAUUGCGCGGAAAACGAAGGUCAUUCCUUUUUCCUCCUCAAAGGGACAAAAUCAGCCAAAAAUAUUUAUAUCCGCUGUAAGGUUCCUCCCGAAAAUUAUACAGGUUUUCAAUUUUAUUUCUCAAAGAUGUGCCAGGGCUUGAUGGGGUUCCAGGUUUUCGGGAUCUUGGGUGCAAAACUAUUUUCAUCAUUUGAGUGAAAUAAGGGGAAGGAAUUUUACUUGGACACUUUUUUAGCUCUUGAUUGUAAGAAGGCUACGGUAUCUUUUUUUUCUUCACUGUUGUAUUUUAGGAAUUUUAAUUUUGGGAAGAGCUUAUUAUUCACAGCGGUUUCUGAGAAAUGUGUUACGUUAGAGCUUAUUGAAAUGAGUGGGUCUCGUAUUUGAAAGGAGCACUGUGGGGCGUCCAAAAAGUUGCUGGGAUGUGAAAUACUUGGUUUUUCUUAAAUCAUGAACAUUCAGACCUUUCUUCAUGCUUCUGAAAAAAAAUGUUCGCAUUUGAUGCAGGAAAAACUGCAAUGUAUUGUUUGUAAAUCCACUUCAAUGUAAUAUUCGUGAAACCUUUUCUAAUGCUCUGUGACUUUCUGGACUCCCAAUACUUUCACUGCGUAGAGAACAAACUUGAAGAAAUUUCGCAUCAAAUCCGAUACUUGGUUUGAGUUGAUUUUUUUGUUACAGUACUGUUCGUGAUAUUGAAAUUCGAAUCUUCAGCAAAUUUCCUUUUUUGUCACGUGAAUCAUCGAAUUUUGUCGAGAUUAUGAAGAAAUUGUCCCAACCGAACUCGCAGAUUUCCGUGGGUGGAGAACUGACCUUUCUUGAUGUUCUUGGUGCGAUUAACGAUGGAAUUCAGUUACUUACUUUUUGUCCCUUCGAAGAUGAAGAAAGGUGUUGCCUGGAUUCCGUAAUAGAGCUGCCUUGUCCGUCGUGAGGCCAAAAAGAAAUAAUAUUGGGAAGAUUUAUAAAUAUUCGUAUGUAUCAUACUCCUAUAUGGGUAAACUUUAGCCUGUGCCAUCCGAGGUUUCCGCGAUUAUUGACUUCGGGGAAAGGCUGGUGGUACAAUUUUUUUUUCUCUUCGGAAUCGUCAUUGGUGUUGCUUGGAAUGGGAAUAGUUAACCGAGGAAAUUGCCGAAACAUUCCGCCUUUCGUGAAAAGAAAAGUAAGACGAGAUUAAGGGAGAAAAAAAAGUAGCGUUGUUCGUGCGAGGUUGAGGAAAUGAGCAAACGAUAGCUGAGUUUAAGUCGCAGUUGGCGUUGCGGGUUUCCGAAGUUUAUGUCGGCAACGAACGGUUGAAGCAUGAAUGAAAUUCGAAUUUCCUGUU